AUGAGAAACGUAUCAAAACCAUCCCCAGAGAUUCGCUCUCUCGCAAAUCUGCAGCAUGACAAGACAUUCAAACUAGCAGAAUGCGGCAAGCAGCUUCGAUCUGGCAUCCUCGAGAAGAAGAUCGCUGGUACAGUCGUCACAUGGAAGACACAAGGCGUCGUCCUCACCGACCGCAUGAUCUGCUUCCUCAACGACGAUGGCGUCAUCGAGGACGACGAGACCGUGAUCGACUACAUCCCGCUGCAUGAGGUGGUGCAGCUGAUGAUGGAGGGGGAGAACAAGAGCGAGCGCGAGGAGAAGCUUUGCCUCAUCAUCCGCACGGUAGAGGGAGGACACAACUCCGGGCGUACGUACGUGUAUCGGAUGAAGACGGAGGCGGAGUGCCUGGAAUGGCACAAGGACAUGUCGACGGGGCUGAAGCUGGCGAUGAAGGCGAAGCGGCAAGAGCAAGAGCUGCAAGAGAUCGGGGACAGCAAGUAUCUGUGGCUGCGCUUCAAGGCGAAGAAGCUGAUCAAGGCGCGGACAACACACAUAGUGAUGUCAGUGCUGAUCUUCAUCAACUUCUUCGUGGAUGUGUACGAGGCCGAGGAGCUACCAUCCGUCUCGUCUCUAGAGGGAUGGAUAGUCCGACUGGUCGGUAUCGUCGUUACAGCUUUCUUCACAGUAGAGGUGUCGGUAGCAGCGUUCGCCAUGUCCGAGAACCACUUCAAGCCCUUCUACUCAGACCCCUGGAACAUCAUGGACCUCAUGGUCGUCGUUGUCUCACUCGUAGUCACUCCCUUCGAGACAGACCCGCAGCUGAAGGUGUUGGGGCUUGUGCGGAUCUUCAGGUCAGGAGGAAGGAGGAGGGAGGGGCGAGGCUGGUGA